AUGGCUGCGUUGGUUCAGACACUCCCUCAACAGACUGGCACGAUUCCCGUGCUCUCGACGCGUCCCUCUUCUUCCUCCGGCACCUUCACCUCCCAGUCUACAGCCCCGAGCUCUCGGGCUCAUACGAUGUCGUGGAGUGGCUUCAAUGCGGCCAACUCGGGGGGCUAUCAAGCAGGCUACCCUGUGGUCGCUCCCUACGGCUACGCGGCUCCAAACCUGGCUCAUUCCCCCAAUGCCCAACACCGUCAGUCCUGGUCGCCUCACAUGCGGCCAGAGAACCGCACCUUUUCUGCCCCAACAAUCCCCCCGGGCUCGAUGAACCCGGCUUAUGUCGGUGCUCAUCCCCGUGUCGCACCUCAUCCUGCAGCUGGUUCUGUAUCGACCUCGUCCUCCUCCAACUCUUCCUUCCGUUCCCACUUCUCCAAAGAUGAUAGUGUGCUCCCUUCAAGGCGGGUUCGGGGCGACCAGCAGCUGCGUCCGCUGUCGACCGCUAACAUCCCCUCUCCUGUUUCCGUCAUGAACAUCUCCUCUCCGUCCGGCGCCGUCAAGCCCUCCCCAAAUCGAUAUCGCCGUGGCAACCAACGUGCGGAGGUUGCUUCCCCAUCACAGUCUUCGGCGACUGGGUCAUCUCAAGCAUCGACCCUGGUGUCACCGGAGGACCGGGCGGCCACGUUGAGCUCCACCCCAAACAUUCUUCGACCGAACGGCCAUAAUCGGGUUUCGAGCGUGGAUGAUUCGUCCAAUGUGGACCGAUCGCAGCCAGAGCUGGCCAAGCGGUAUCGUCGCCGAAGUUUGGGAAACAUUGACUCGUCGGCCUAUCCCAAUCUGCAGCUCCAGCUUCCGACAAUCCCACCCCCAUCCGGUUCCUACGAUUUCAUCUCCUUUGACACCAACCGUCGACCACAAUCAGCCCAUUCGCAGCGAGAGAGCUUGGGGAGCAUGCAUUCUGCGCACUCCUCGACUUCCUCCGUGCGUGAAGGGACUGCUGCAGAGUCGUCCUCUGCCAAUACCAAAAGCGGCAAGUCCGAGGAGAUCAAACGCAAGCCGUCACCUCUGUCACAACCCGUCUCUGCGAGCUCUCAAUCCCCACAACCCGCCAAAACCACCGAUUCUGAACAUAAAUCUUCUCCCCCUCCGUUAGAUUCUCCCGCAGCGAAACGGCUCACUGAGCUGAAGAAUGAGGGCAAGCGGCCCGGCAAGUCACGCUUGCGACGGGCUUUCUCCUUUGGGAGCGCCUCGGAACUUCUUAAGGCGUCGGCACAGACCAAUGCAAACAAGCGUGAGGCAGUUGCCGCAGAGAGGGCUCGCCGGGAAGCUCUUCAGGAUGAACUUGGUCCAGAGCAGGCUGCGAUUGCCGAGCAGCAAGAAGCGGGUGGGUUGGGCGAAAGCAUCUAUUCUCACCAGAGCCACUUCUUCACCGGAUCCACCGACAACUUGUCGAUCUCAUCUACGGCCUCCUCGGCCUCGAUGAUGCUUCGCAAAAUGGGUAAGGGCAUGAAAAAGUCCACCCGGUCACUUGUUGGUUUGUUCCGGGCAAAGUCUGUCGCCAGUAUCAAUUCGACGGAGGGUGCAACAGUGGAGCCUUCGAGGCCCCAGAUUUCCGUGGUGAAUGUUGAAGCUGAACGUGAGAGCGUGGCGGUCAACGCUGACCCUCAGGAUAUGCAUCAUGGCGGUACGGUCUUCCCCAGAGUAGAGGGCGGUGGGUCGGAGAAUGGACGAUCCAGCUUUGUUCAGGAGAGAAUCGCGAUGGAGAACUCCCAGUCGCGUAAAAGCAUAAUGGGAGGAGAUCGGGAGCGUGCGGAGGUUCUGGCGGCUGUCCGAAAGGGUAUCCUCAAGAAAACGCACUCGGACCUGGAUGUUUCGACGUCGGCCCAAGCGCUCAACGGCACCACCGACUCGCCGCACUCUAGUGCCCCGACUACCCCGGAUGAAUCGACGCGCUCCGCCCAUCGUCACACGGACUCGGUGAAAAUCGCAGGAGAAGACUACUUCCUCUCGACCGAGGGUCGGUACACGGCCUCGGAGGCGAAGAGUGCACCCAUCACUCCCCAGGCGGUGGCCGGAAGGAACAUUGUGUUCAGCCCUCGUAUCCAGUUCCACGAGACCUGGCCCAGUGGCGAGUAUGAUCGACGCGGCGAGAUCGCGACCUGCAACCGCUUGACGCCUCUGCUGGCCCAGCAGAUUCGGGAGGAGAUCAACAACUUUAAAAUGGAGAUGGAGGUUCACGAGAAUUCGAAGAUCUACACACACUUCAUUUGA